AUGGAUGAACUGGAAGAUAUGCAUCAGAGGGUGAUGUCAUCAUCACUGUUAGCUAUGGCAACUCUUAUAGAAAUUUUACUAGGAGUGAAAUUGCAAAGUUGUGAUGGUGACAGUACCAAUACUGAAAACAAGAAUCUGUCAAAAGUUAGGUCAACUAUACUUUCUUCUGCUGAAGCUGCAUUCUGUAUGCAUAAAUGUUUUCUUGACGUCCUCAAGUCAAAAAGUUCUGUUAUACGGUCAGCUACAUACUCACUGCUUACAAGUUAUAUCAAACAUGUUCCUCAUGUUUUUGACGAAGAAACCAUGAAGAAACUUUCUCCAACUCUACUUGGUGCAUUUCAUGAGAAGGAUGCAUCAUGCCACUCUUCUAUGUGGGAUGCAAUUCUUGUUUUCUCUAGAAAGUUUCCAGAGGCAUGGUCAUAUUGCAAUAUUCACAAAGUUGUCCUCAGUCGGUUUUGGCAUUUCCUACAAAACGGAUGUUAUGGGUCCAAACAAGUUUCAUAUCCUUUUCUAGUUCAGUUUUUGGACUCUAUGCCACCUAAAGCAGUCAUGGGACAACAAUUUGUUUUUGAUUUUUUGCAUAAUCUUUGGGCUGGAAGGAACCAGAGGCAGUUAUCAGCUGCUGAUAGUUUGGCUUUCUGUGGUGCCUUUAAACAGAGUUUUUUGUGGCUUCUAAAGAAUGCAUCAAGAUAUUUUACUGGAGAUUCUUCAGAUGAUAUACCCAUCAAGCUUAUAACUGAUGUACUUGCCAAAAUAAUUUGGCGUGACUACCUUUUAUUGUCUGGAGACACAACUAGUGGCAGUGUUCUGUUAUCUCAUAAAACUUCAGGGUUAGCUGCGAACAUGCACUACCCAACAUAUUAUCUUCAGGAUUUGAAGAAAUGCAUCAUUGAAAUACUGAAUGUGAUUGCAGAUACAGAAAAUCAUUUACUUAAUAUUUCUUGUCAGUUGCUUUUAAGGGACUGUUUGGACAUAAUUCAACAAGGGGAGAAGCUUUCCAAGUUUCAGAAUCAUGCAGAACAACUUGUGUCAUUCUUUCUAUCUUUGGAUCAAAUUGUUGUAUGCAAAGGUGAAAUAUGGCCACUGGAAAGAUUAGCAAAACCACUGGUUGAGCAAUCUUUGCCAGCUAUCAAGUUCAUGGUAAGAUCAGACACUCAAUUUUAG